CGCGCCCCGUUCAGCGCCAGUGUGCACCACGCGACCGCCGGCGACGGACGUGUUGCUCGGCGCCGCGACGCACAUCCCUCGAUCGCGAAAAAAGUUUAACACACGAAACUUUCUUAAGACUUUCCUUUCAACCCGAACGCUGUUGAAGUGGAACCGUCUGCUUUGCUGCAAACGUUAAGAGUGACCUUUCCUAAAACCGGUAAUUCGGUAUCCUCCGGAACGGGUUUAGUCACGGGCCCCGUGGCGGGACAUUCGUGAAGUGAUAACUUGAUUUUCAGAGUGCCGUGUUCAGUGCUAGUGACUGGAUAUUUUCAUUGCCAUUGUACUGAUCGAUUUGAGGAGGACUCGUUUCUGCCUCUUAAGGUCGGCUACACGAUUCAGUGCUGUCAAAAGUUUCAAGCAUGCCGCCGCCUGCGUGAAGGCAUGAGCGGGCGCGGAGCGGGCGGGCAGCGCUGCCAGCUCAUCCUGCAGCGUUGCCUCGCGAUACACCUUAGCAAGCCGGGCAACGCGCCCGAUGACUUCUGGAUGUACGACUCCGGUUAUCUGCUGUUCCAGAGUUUCCUGGCAGCAAACGCUAAAUGCUGGUGGGCUGGCGCACUGGCGGCAGCGACCGCGGAACUGCGCUACGCGGGCUAUGUGGCGCCCGGUGUGCUGCUGGUUGCUGGCGCGCCGCGGGCGCUCGAGACAGUCCGCGGAGCGUACUCUAGAUCCGUGCUCAAGCCGCCACCAACGUAUCUCAUUUGUGGACUCGGUGACAUCGAGGACUGCAUCGUGACGCCGGCAUACCAGGGCCAGUUCACGCCAUUGCCAGAGGCGUUAUGUGAUUGCAUCAUGGACCUCACGUCCCAGGGUCAAUCAGCAACGUUGGAGAGCAUCCGCACGUCGUUGUCGGUGAAGUUCCCGUCCAUGCAGACGCCGGACGCGGGCGUGGUUUACGACACACUGGCGCAACUCAUGCAGGAGCGCAAGAUCUAUCAGACAUCCAGGGGAUUCUUCAUCGUCACGCCCGAACGACGGCGAUCGCGGUCGCGGUCUUCAUCGAGGAACCAGCACGGCGAGGAUGAGUGCUCCUCGCCUAGGACGAUGCUAAUGUCAGACCAGGAGGCGCUGCACCAGCUGUACGGCGAGAUCACGACCGUACGCGAUGGCGCUGUCACACACCAGUGUGUGCAGACAAACCUCGCUGACGUCAUUUGCGGUGGCAACCCAAACGAUAAAGUAUUAUACGGUCGUCCGAACAAGCGGCGGAGCGCGUCGUUCCCGGCGCCCCGGUCGCUGGACCGGCGUCACUCGCUGCGGAUAUUCGGCUCGUCCAGCAAGUACCUGCAGCGUUGCGCCUCCACGCGCAGCCUGCAUCACAAGAACGUCAACACCACCGACAGUUCCUCCUCUACCGAUUACCCGCCCAGCGUUGAAUCUGCGUCGCCAAAGAAAGCGUCGUUGCUGUCCCGCUUAUUCAGACGAAGCGGCCGCAGCAAGGCGGCGCGCGCGAUGAGCACCUUCUCUGCGCAGUUCCCGCCCGCCGACUGGUUCAACUCCAAGGCCGUGCACUUGCAUUGCGUCGCCACGCAGACCAACUCUAAGGAGUCCCUGCAGAGUCAAACGUCGUACGUGUCAUCUUAUUACGAUGGAUCAGAAAUAAGUAACCGUUCAUCUACACUGCCACGAAGACACAAGAGGCAUCUCUCAACCGAAUCAGGGCUGGCCGGCUCUGCGCACUACGACCACUCUCCGGUCAGACAUUCUAGCCCUAGUUCGGGAAGUCUACCACGAUCGACGUUAAGCAGAAGCUCCACCAAUAAAACCAUCUUAGAUCACUUCGGAUCACCUCAGAGAAGUGAUAAGCUGCGGGACAGCCCUAGCGGAAGUCUACGGCGAGUAGAUUAUUCUGAUAAUGUUACGUCUACCAGCGGACCCUCGAGCUUGGAAAGCAAUACCCAUCGGACCCCACGGAAAGACAAAAUUGCAGAUAACUCCCCAAAAAGAAACUAUCAUACAAGCAGCAGCGGCCAUUCGAGCUUAGAGUCACACAUUUCAGACCGAACAUUGAAACCUUCACCUAGUCACAGUAACGGAACUACCGGGUUAAGUAGAGCACAAUCCCUCGUCAAAGUACAAAGUUUACAAAGCUCUCCUAAAAGUCUGCACAAGUAUAGAACCAAACCGCCCAUAGUUGGAGGCGAGACAGUAAAAAACGGAAAUACCUCACCAAAAAACUGCCCAAAUACACCCAAGAAAGCUACCCCUUUGCAUAAUAAAACACUCGGAUCCAAACUUGAAAAUCCUGCGACAUCUGUGUUGGCGAGUUCAAAUUCCAAUAAUUCAAUAACUUUAAAAGUAACGACAAAUACAAUAUCACAGAACGGUGGAACGAACACCAAAGUUUACGUACAAAAUUCCCCAGUGCGAUCGGUAAUCACAUUCGAAAAUGGAAAGGUCACAGAAACUAGCAACGGCAGCAACAUUUACAUUUUUAAUGACGAUACACGAGUUGUGUCGGUUUCCCAGAACGGAUCGAGUCAACAGCCAAAAAACCCAACAGAGACGUCCUUUGACGUGUGCGUUGAAAAAAACAAGCAAAUGUUUCAAGAACCCGAGCCGGUGAAAGUACAAGAUAACAAAUUCAUUAAGAAUUCCAUUAACGACACCGGUAUGAACAAUAAUCGAAAGCUGUCUUUACAAAUAGGCGCAACGAACAAUAAUAGUUUCGUAUACAAAAAUCAACUAAACAACACUAACGAAGCCGCAUCUAAUCCAGCAUCGCCUGCAAUACACAAUAAUAUUCACAACAUAGAUGGUACAACAAACAGUAAUCCAUCGACUCCGACAAAAAGCUACGAUAGUAUUAUUGGAUCUUUAGGCAGUCUUAGAUAUCAGAAGAACUCUUUGUCGUCGGCUAACAGUGGCAUACAAUCGAAUAUAAAUUCGAACAGCGAACUAAAAAGCGUCGACUUGUUAAAAAAGGCCGCAGCUUUGCAAAUGUUGAACGGUCUGCCGAACGUAAAUAACAGAAUGAGCACCGAGUCGAUAGCUAAUUUGUUAACGAAAGGAAUCGAGCAAAAGCCAACAGUAUUAGGAUCAGAACCUAAUCUGGCAUUUAAGAACCAAGAGCCAUUGAAAGACAUUAACACAUCGACGGAGAAAAUCAAUAGUUUAGAAAACAAACAGAAAAGGUACAGCUUGAGUCAGGAUGUGAAAAAAGAAAACCAGGAUAUAUAUAAUUUUCCCAGCUUGAGCGACUUGAGCUUCAAUUUUACCAGUUUAGCCGCACAAAAGAUAUUAAAAGGUGUCAGUAUAAACAGCGUCGAUACGCUAGUCGAGUUAAACAUGGCCGCUAAUAAUUCUGAAAAGCAGAAUAAUCGUGAUGUAGCAGCGGUAUGCACCGACUUCGGCCUUGUAUAGUAUCUGAGAUUUAUGUUAAUUUUGUUUAAAAUGUACAAUAUUAGUAAUAACAUAAAGUAAGCUAGCUUAAGUUGCUCGUAAUGACUUCAUAAUUUGAUACACUUUAAUAUUUAGACAAAACUUGUAUUCAUUUGAGAUU